ACAUUUUGUUUACGAAAGAAACGUGCGCGAGACUGAGUUUAACACACAUCUCAUUUGCAUUGCACGCGAUUUGCAAAUUCGAGCGCUUGUCUGCAAAAGCAACAGAAAGGGGGUCAUUGAAUUUAAACACGAUUCAUCACAAUAAAAGUGCCGAGCUCUUCAAGGCAAAUUGAUGAUGGCGAACAAACAGAGCGUGCCCGCGCGCACGCGCGCUUCAAAGUGCAACUCUGUUCGCUGAUUGGUUAAAAAUGACAUCACAUACAAUUGUGCUAUUCUUAGCUCGUGGAAACGGGAUGACCUCAUCUUUUUCCUCCCUCGCGCAGGUAUAGACAUACAACAACAAAUAAUGUUUGAGGAUCAGACCGAGCGGAGGGGAACACUGGAACACAACUUACCAGAGGACAGAUAAUACAACUCUUUAUAAUAAAGUACAUUAUAUUUCUCAGCGCGUGCAUUACUGGAUCGCUCUUUUGUGCUGUUUGCACAUUCGUCCACUCGCUUCGUGGGACUUUUCAACCUUUUUGAUCCAUUACUGAAUAUAUCAGCCUGCAUCUGGUUUUAAUCAAAUUUAUUAAAUAUAAACAAAGAGGAGAUGGUGUACUACAGGAAUAGUGAUUCUGAGCGGCCGCCGUUGUCGCGUAUUCUGCCGCAUCUCUACCUUGGUGCAGAGACUGACGUAACCCAGGAUGGCUUAUCGGACAGAGGUAUCUCUUACGUACUAAGCGUAAGCAGAUGCUGUCCACAGCCUUUAUUUCUACCCCAGUCUCAGUACCUUCGUAUCCCAAUAGACGACUCCCUUCGGGAUGACCUGCUUCCAUGGAUACCCCAGGCGUUGCACUUCAUUGAUGGGGCGAUGUCACUUGGCUGCUCAGUCCUGGUUCAUUGUGCUGCAGGAAUCUCUCGGUCUCCAGCACUUGCUGUGGCAUACGUUAUGUAUAGCCUGAAAAUGGAUCUGGAUCAUGCAUACAGGUUUGUGAAAGAACGCAGACCUACGAUUUCACCUAACUUCAAUUUCCUGGGGCAGCUGCAGUUGUUUCAGGGAACACUUUCAUUGAAGAAUAACAGCACAAUCCUUCCUCUGGAGACGGCCAAAGCUUUGGAUAAUUCCACAGUGUCACUGUUAACUAACUUGAACCUUCAAAGCAACUUAGACAACAUCUCUGUUAUUAAUGAACAUACUGAGGAUUCCAAAGCAAAUGUGAACUGUGAGAACAGGACCAACCAAAUAGAAAAUAUUCACAGCCAACACUAUGAGAUUAUAAAGCCUGAGUUUACCUUGUCUCUUUCCAACAAGCUGGGAGCUCUCACUCUUCACACAAAUCCUGCAGACGUACAAAGACCAGUCCACGUCACGUCUCAGACGCAGCAGGAAACACCAAAGUCCAUCCCACCUAAACCUACUUGCCUACAGAUUCCAUCCAGUCACAUUUCUCUAGCAGAGAAGCGCAAAUGUCUGUCUUUGUCUCUCACACCAGUGAGUGCAGGUCCUCAGAUUCACCAUAAGGGGUCUACAGAAAGCAGCGAGCUAAAGCAGAGCUUGACGUGCAGUUCUGCGGUUGCCCAAACGGGGGAGUUAGGUGGACUGGGCAGAGUCAAUAUGAAGCAGCCAGCAGCAGAAACCAGAACAGAACCAAACAGGCUAAGCCAAAAGGAGGCUUCGGCAAGACACAGCAGCUCGAGAUUGCAUAAGAAAAAGGGUAAAUCGAACCGCAGCAACCCCACCUCCUCUUUUAGCAGAGCUAAAGAGGAGCAACAAAAACCAAAAAUUAACCACAAGGAUAUUUCAAGCACAAGAUCACAGAGGCAGAUCCAGGGACCGUCUGACAUCACAACAUCCCCACAGGAGGUUUUAGAGAGGGAGGUUACUGGUGGUGUAGAAGCAGUAGAGAGUAUGGAUGGAAGCCAAAGCCCCCUGUCACCAGUCAGCUUAACAGUCAACAAAAUACUAGAUUGGGGGGAGCGCAUACUGCUUGGGGUCCUGCUUGGGUCACGUAUUAAAUUGGGACAGGCUGCUUUGCCAUACAGAUGUUGAGGAGGGACUGGUUGUUUAUGUAUAUGGACUGAGCUAUUUAAAGAUACAGAUGUAAACAUUGACUUUGUGAAUGAGGCAGAACUGUGAUUAUGUUCUGUACGUUCCAGCAAGAGGGAACUUGGGACAUUACGGCUGAAAAGCAUAUGUAUACGUGUGUGAAUUUACUUAUUUAUUUGAUAAAAUUGCAUGUUUGUUCAUUAUAUGACUGAGACUGAUGGACUGACUUGGCAGUGCCUGUUUGAAGCUGACCCUUCAGAGAUGUGUGUAUACAUUACCAAAUGACUUGAUGUAAAAAGACAUGCAAUAUGUUCUGUUAUAAUGCACAGCCUGCCUUGUAUUUAUUUAUUGAAGUACAUUGAUAAUCGCUAUUUAUAAAGGAGUAUUUUGUGCAUUGAAUUUUAACACUAUAGCUUGUACUGAAAACAGUGUUCAUUAAAGACAACUAUUUUACUGUC